CAACCAUGUCCCGAAGAAAACAGAGCAACCCCAGGCAAAUCAAACGCCCACUGGAGGAUGGACUGGAAGAGGAAGAGGAGGAAUGUGUAUCGGAGGAGAACGAGCUCGUGGCCAAAGAGGAGUUCUCUGUGGAGGAGAACUUCCCUGCUGAAUUUGAACCAGAGAACCUCAGCUGUGAAGACAUGGAGUUCUUCUGUAACAGAGGUGAGGAGGAUACCACUAGGGAAGUGGGUGAAUCUGACAUGGAUGGGCAGAAUGAGAAGGCCAGGCACCCCCCUGUGGAACCUGAGGAAUGGGAUGGUCCAAGAGAGCUUGACCUAUACCACAAGGAUGGGGAGCGUCGGAUUCACAGUCGCCAGCAGCUUCCUGUUGGGACUACGUGGGGACCAUUUGAAGGGAAGAUUGAGACGAACACCGAUGGAAGUGGUUUGAAGACGAAGGGCGCGGUCCCAGUGGUGCUCAGUGCCGGCCCCAGGUGGCUUCUGAAUGUGACUUGGCAGGGAGCGGAAGACAACAAAAACAACUGCGUGGUGUACAGCAAAGGUGGCCAGCUGUGGUGCACAACCACUAAAAAUAUGAUGGAGGGAGAGGAACUGGUGGCAUUUGCAGUGGACUUUGAUUCUCGGCUUCAGGCAGUUAAUCACAUGUCCCUCAGUGAGGGCAUGUACCCAGCAAGACUGCUUGACACCAUUCAGCUCCUACCCCAGCAGGCAGCCAUGGCAUCCAUACUACCCACUGCUAUUGUCAAUAAGGACAUCUUCCCUUGCAAAGCAUGUGGAAUCUGGUACCGUAAUGAGAGAAACCUCCAGGCCCACCUGAUGUACUAUUGCAGUGGGCGGCAAAGGGAGCAAGAGAAUGUGACUGAGGAAAGUGAUGCCAAUCCCCACCAGACACCCAGCAUCUGCCCCUUCCCACAAUGCAGCAAGAGCUUCAGCAGUGCACGCGCCCUGGAAAUGCACCUGAGCACACACAGCGGUGUCAAAAUGGAAGAGACUCUCCCCCCUGGCACCAACCUGAAAUGCACAAUCUGUAACUACACUGCGGAUUCUCUCAUUACAUUCCAGAACCACAUCCUCUCUCACCUGUCACAGGCGGCCUUCAGAUGCAAUCACUGCCAUAUCAGCUUCCAGAACCACAGGGAACUCUUGCAGCAUCAGGACUUACAUGGCCACUCCGGCAAGCUUCACAGAGAAAGCGACAGCGAACACUCCCCCAGGGGUGGGGAGGAGAGCCUGCAGCAGACCCGAGCAGAGUUGGGUGCCAAGAAAGACAUCGUCCUGCAGAGUCCCAAGAGCACACCAAAGAAGGACGGGAGCCCUGAUGCAGAGCUGGAAAGGGCUGAGAAGAAGCCUGCUCUCAGUUUGCAGAAAGGGGAUGGUCACCAUGGAAGCAAAGCCAGUUUCUCCUACACAAGGAUCAAGUCUGAGCCCUCUAGUCCCCGGCUAGCUUCCUCCCCAGUCCAGCACAACAUGGGGCCGACCUUCCCGAUGGGUCCCUUCCUGUCUCAGUUUGCAUUCUCGCAAGAUAUUUCUGUCGUCCCACAAGCAUCGGAAAUUUUAGCGAAGAUGUCAGAGCUGGUGCAUCGCAGGUUACGCCAUGGAGGAAACAGCUACCCACCUGUCAUAUAUAGCCCUCUCAUGCCAAAAGGAGCGACUUGUUUCGAAUGCAACAUCACCUUCAAUAACCUGGACAAUUAUUUGGUCCACAAAAAGCACUACUGCAACAGUCGUUGGCAGCACAUGGCAAAAUCUCCCGAUUUUUCCAGUGUUUCAGACAAGGUAUCAGAUGCUGUGAGCCCAAAUAGCGGACACAGUUCAGUCAGCAUGCUUGCUGGUUGCCACCCUUCAGAGGCUGACAGUCACCUCAUGCCAUCAGCAUGCUUAAAUUCUUCUGUUAUGGACAUGAUCAAUGCUGGUGGUAAAGUGCCUGAUAAAGACCUCACCGGGCAGGUGAAAAAGGUCACCACGCCAACUGGUGUGGAGGAGAGGCUAAACGGCAAGCAGACAGAGGUCAAAAGUCCCAACACUUCUUUAGCGGAUGGCGACAAUGACCCAAACAAGACCACCUGUGAAGCCUGUAACAUCACCUUCAGCCGCCAUGAAACAUACAUGGUCCACAAGCAGUAUUACUGUGCCACUCGUCACGAUCCACCCAUGAAGCGCAUGUCGGCCAAUAAGGUGCCUGCCAUGCAAAGGACCAUGAGAACACGUAAGCGGCGGAAGAUGUACGAGAUGUGUCUUCCUGAUCAGGAGCAGAGACCCCCAAUGGGAGCACAACCACCAUUUCUCGGAGUUCCUACUUUGGCAAACCCUUGCACCUCCCAGGAGGCUGUAGAGAGUUUAGCAGACCGCUUCCAUCCCCGCUGUGACGUUUUCCCCGGUAUGGUGCCAAAGCACCUGGACGCUUCUCUCACAGUUAACAAAUCCAUCUUGGCACCCAAAAGCAAUGCCAUCGACCCACAGGAACUGGAUGCUCCCAUUGACCUAAGCAAAAAGUGCUCUCCACAUCCCGAGAAGUCAUGCAACUCCCCCAAAAGACUCUUGGAUUAUCAUGAAUGUACAGUGUGCAAGAUAAGUUUUAAUAAAGUGGAGAAUUACUUAGCCCAUAAACAGAACUUUUGCCCAGUAACAGCUGCCCAGCACGGUGAGAUUGCCAAUCUAGACCAGCCCAUGUUCCCUGACGUGAAGACCGAAGGCAAUAACACUGACGACAUGUACGAUAAGAGUCUUGUGAAAUGUGAGAAAAACGGCAGCAGCAAGCUGAUGGUGCAAAACGGCAGCAUGUUCCCCCAGCACCUGGGCCCUGUGCCGGGCCUGAAGGCUUUUAAUGAAGCUCAACUCAUGCCCCCAAGGGAGGACAACAAGAACAUGUUUCUGCCUCACUGCCUUUAUCCUGGAGCAAUAAAGAAGGUGAAAGGUGCAGAGCAAAUAUCGCCAUAUUUCGGGAUAAAGCCCAGCGAUUACAUGGCGGGAGGCCUGGUCAUGCCGGACGAGCCAAAUGAGCAGGAGCAGGGCACUAACGGAGCAAGCGAAGCAGGCAAGGAUCAACCAGCAGCCAACGGUUGCCCCCAUCCCGGCAAGGAGCCAUUGCCCCUUCUGCCGAAAAACAGGGGGAUGGUGAUCGUCAACGGUGGACACAAGCAAGACGAGCGUCCGACACCGGGUCCUCCUCAACAGGAGAACCAGCCCCACAAUGCCUCUCCUCCAGACGGGCAAACUUCGCCAACAUGGGGCUCCGACAACCCCCCUGACCCAAACGAGAACGCAUCGCCGACGUCCAAAUCGCCCACAGAGGAGGCGGCGCCAGCUGUCGCCAAAGGCGUGAAUGGGUCGGCCCAGACAGCAAGCAGCGGCAAGUACUGCCGCCUCUGUGACAUCCAGUUCAAUAACCUGUCAAACUUUAUCACCCACAAGAAGUUUUACUGCUCGUCACAUGCUGCCGAGCAUGUGAAAUGA